CCAUCGAAGCCACAGGGACGUGGGAUGCAUGGGAUGGGAUGAGGACAGCGGACGAACAUGUGCAGAGAGUCGGAGCUGUGAUAUGAGAAUAUUUCCUUAUUACAUGAUAAGGAAAAAAUGGCGAAUUUAAGUUCUGCUCAUGCGACUCCUCCUCUGACCUCCGCUCAGGCUCACCGCGCAGAGAUUAUGGAAAAUCCGCUCCAGACCUAUCUCCUGGGAAUCAUCAUCUCUAUAUGUGGGAAUGUCCUCAUCAGCAUUUCACUCAACAUACAGAAAUAUGCCCAUGUCCGUCAAUCUCAGCGUGGCUCCAAGCCCUACUACACCUCCGCCAUGUGGUGGUGUGGUGUGGUUCUCAUGGGUGUCGGGGAACUGGGGAACUUUGCUGCCUACGGCUUUGCCCCAGCAUCGCUCAUAGCUCCGCUGGGCUGUGUGUCCGUUAUUGCCAGCGCUGUCAUAUCUGUGGUUUUCCUCAAGGAGACGGUGCGUGCCUCUGACAUUGUUGGUGGCACGCUGGCAAUAACAGGAACAUACCUCCUGGUGACCUUUGCCCCCCACACCUCCACACACAUCACAGCCCAUCUGGUCCAGUACUAUGCCGUCAGCUGGCACUUCCUGCUCUACCUUUUUAUAGAGGUCAUCAUCUUUUGCAUCCUGCUCUAUCUGUAUAAGAGGAGGAAUGUGAAGCACAUCGUCAUUGUGAUGCUCCUGGUGGCCCUGCUCGCCUCUCUGACAGUCAUCUCCGUCAAAGCUGUGUCAGGGAUGAUCACGGAGUCGAUAAAAGGCCAGCUGCAGCUCAUCUACCCCAUCUUCUAUGUCAUGCUUGUCGUCAUGGUCGCCUCUUGUGCCUUCCAGAUCAAAUUUCUCAAUCAGGCAAUGAAAAUGUUUGAUGCCACAGAGGUGGUUCCUAUCAACUUUGUGUUUUUCACCGCAAGUGCCAUUGUUGCAGGGAUAGUAUUUUACCAGGAAUUUGAGGGCUUGGCCUUACUGAACAUUUUUAUGUUCCUGUUUGGUUGUUUGCUAUCCUUUCUUGGAGUUUUCCUGAUAGCCCGAAACAGGCCAAAGAUAAAGCAACAAGAUCGGAAUUUUAUUGCAAUGGAUAGGAUCCCUGGGAGAAGGCACACAGACAAAGUGCAGCCUGAGGCAAAGACUCCAACAUACGGAUCACUGGCAGCCAAACUCAUGUGCAACAGAGCUGGCCAAACAGACGAUUCAUAGGACCUGCUCCAUCUGUUGGGACUGUCAUUUUUGUGAAUUUGUGUGCGUGUGCCUGCCUCUUCCUGGGUUCUUCAAUAAAAACUCUAUUUAUAGAAAGAAAUAAAAGGCAUUGAUUCAAACCAGUGCCAGCUGAGCACCAGUAUCAGUGGACAUAUAGAUGUUAGAUUUUGUGGCCAAAGUGGCAAACACCUUCUUUGAAAAGCUCUAUUUAUUCAUGGAAAUAAAUCUACUUGUGUGUUUAUAAUAUAUUUGACACAGUUAUCAGUAAUACCUCAUGACUCUAAAAUGAGAUGAAACACCUCAGGAUCAAAGUUCAAUAUCAGAUGCCUCGCUAGCCACUUUUAAGUGUAGAGUAGUAGUAAAACAAAAAAGGUCCAGGAAGCCACUGUGACAAAUGCCUUUCAAUGUAUCAUAUGUAAAAUAAUUACCAAAAAAUCUGGUCUGUGUGUGUUCAGUUGUCAAUAAACAAGGACAAAACAUG